AUGUGGUCGGUCGCGGAGAAGCGGAGGGUGGAGCCCCAGCCGGGGCCGGGCAGAAUGGAGGCAGGUUCAGGCGCGGCUCCGAGGGGGGGCAGAUCGGCAACGGCGACCGCGGUGGUGACCAAAAUGCGUCCGAGCCCUUGCGACCCGGGGAGGAGCUCCGCCAUCCAAAUGUCCGUAUCGCGGAGCGAGGUGGGCGGGCGGCUGGGGACCAUGGCCAGGACCGGCAUGGAGCAGUGGCGUGACCGGCUGGCACUGGUGACAGGAGUCGGGGGCAUCGGCGCGGCUGUGGCCCGGGCCCUCGUCCAGCAGGGACUGAAGGUAGUGGGUUGUGCCCGCCCCGUGAGCAACAUCGAGGAGCUGGCUGCCAAAUGUAAGAGUAUAGGCUACCCCAGGACUUUGAUCCCCCACAGAUGUGAUCUGUCCAGUGAGGAGGACAUCCUCUCCACGUUCUUGGCUGUCUGCUCUCAGCACAGUGGUGUGGACAUCUGCAUCAACAAUGCUGGCUUGGCCUGGCCUGACACUCUGCUCUCAGGCAACACCAGCAGCUGGAAGGACAUGUUCAAUGUGAACAUGCUGGCCCUCAGCAUCUGCACACGGGAAGCCCACCAGUCCAUGAAGGAAUGGAAGGUGGAUGACGGGCACAUCAUUAAUAUCAACAGCAUGUCUGGUCACCAAGUGUCACCCCACUCCGUGAUCCAUUUCUAUAGUGCUACCAAGUAUGCCAUCACCACACUGACAGAGGGACUGAGGCAAGAGCUUCGGGAGGCCCAGACCCACAUUUGAGCCACAUGCAUCUCUCCAGAAGAGGCGGAGACACAAUUCUCCUUCAAACUCCACAACAAGGACCCUGAGAAGGCAGCUGCCAUCUAUGAAUGCAUAAAGUGUCUCAAACCUGAAGAUGUGGCUGAGGCUGUCAUCUAUGUCCUCAAGCACCCUUCCACGUGUCCAGGUGUUGAUUUCCAGACUCCUGGAUUCUUCUUCCUCUCUCCAACCCACCAGGGGCUACAAAUUUUUGGAAGUUUUUAUGUCUUAUCAAAUUAUGUCCGCUACAAAUAUGAACAGUGGGCUGGGGAGAGGUUAGGUGUCCCCGAUUGUUUUACCUGUUAACUCAUUAUUGGUCUGCUUCUUAGUCUCCUUGGCCUUUGUGUGCUCUCUUUGGUCUCUUCCUUUUGACCUAGGGAAGGAACUGUGGCCAAAAGGGGGGCUUCCCCCUAUCUUCUUGUACCCCAACCCCUGUCCCUCAAGGAGGAGGUGGCAGAGAGAAGCCCUCACCUUCUAUCUGAAUAGCUAUCCAAGGCCCUAGGCUUCCUCCUCUCCCUGCCCUACUGCCCCCAUUGCCUCUUCUCUUCACCCACCCCUGUUCUCCAGCCCAGGCUUGGCUUCUCUGCUCCCAGUGCGGUCAUCACUCCACACUGACUAUGGCAGCUGAAUAUCAGGCCCUGCCUCCCAACUGGGUUUCACUGUGAUAAUUAAAAAAGAAAAAUUGCAACAACCUA